AUGCAUAAGCUUAAGUCAUCUCAGAAGGACAAGGUCCGCCAGUUUAUGGCAUUUACUCAGGCUGGCGAAAGAACCGCCAUCUACUGCUUAACACAGAAUGAGUGGAAACUAGACGUGGCCACCGACAACUUCUUCCAAAACCCAGACUCGUUCCACAAGGAAUCCAUGAAAAACACGGUGGACAAGAAGAAGCUGGAGCAGCUGUAUAACAGGUACAAAGACCCACAAGAUGAAAAUAAAAUUGGAAUUGAUGGGAUUCAACAGUUUUGUGAUGAUUUAAGCCUAGAUCCUGCCAGUAUCAGCGUUUUGGUUAUAGCAUGGAAAUUCAGGGCAGCAACUCAAUGUGAAUUUAGCAAAAAGGAAUUUGUAGAUGGCAUGACCGAGCUUGGUUGUGACAGCACAGAAAAGCUGAAAACUCUUCUACCAAGAUUGGAGCAGGAGCUUAAGGACACUGUGAAGUUUAAGGAUUUCUAUCAGUUUACUUUUACCUUUGCCAAGAACCCUGGGCAAAAAGGCUUAGAUUUAGAAAUGGCUGUGGCAUAUUGGAAUUUAGUAUUAUCUGGAAGGUUUAAGUUUUUAGAUCUUUGGAACACCUUUUUAUUGGAACAUCACAAAAGGUCAAUCCCAAGGGACACUUGGAACCUGCUUCUGGAUUUUGGGAAUAUGAUUGCAGAUGACAUGUCUAACUAUGACGAAGAAGGAGCAUGGCCUGUUCUUAUAGAUGACUUCGUAGAAUAUGCACGGCCCGUAGUCACAGGUGGCAAACACAGCCCUUUCUAG